AUGGCUUGCACUGCGCAGUGGCUUGUCGCUGCUGCCAGCGUUGCACAGGUCCUCGCUAGUCCACAUGGCCUUGUGCGCCGCCAGAACUCGUUACCAAUCGAGAGUUGUCCAGGAUACAAGGCUACCAAUGUUCAACAGACUGGACAGGGACUGACUGCUGAUCUCACUCUUGCCGGCACAGCAUGCAACACCUACGGUCAAGACAUUGAGAAUCUGAGGCUUGAGAUCAGUCAAGAGACUGGAGACAGGCUUCAUGUCCAGAUCUAUGAUGCCGAUGAGAAUGUCUACCAGGUCCCUGAGUCCGUUCUUCCGCGCCCUGGCGCUGAUGGAAAUGUCUCGUCUACGUCCAGUCAGCUUGUUUUCGAAGUUGUUAACGAUCCUUUCUCGUUCGCAGUGUCUCGCCGUAGUGGCGGACAAGCUUUGUUCAACACUACCGGAGCCGAACUCGUCUUCCAGUCUCACNUAAACACCACGAACUACACCCGAACUCUAUGGUCUCGUGAUGCUUACUCUAUCCCUGAAGGCACCAACUUGUAUGGAAACCACCCAGUCUACUUCGAUCACCGUGGUGCAGACGGCACGCAUGGCGUCUUCCUCUUGAACAGCAACGGUAUGGAUAUCAAGAUCAACAACACCGCAGAGACUGGCCAGUACCUUGAAUACAACACUAUCGGUGGCAUCGUCGACCUCUACUUCUUGGCUGGUCCAUCGCCUACCGAAGUUGCCAAGCAGUAUUCUAAAGUGGUUGGGCUGCCAGCAGAAAUGCCAUAUUGGGGUUUCGGCUUCCACCAAUGCAGAUAUGGUUACAGAGAUGUGUACGAAGUCGCAGCUGUGGUCGCAAACUACAGUCGCGCAGACAUUCCUCUAGAAGUCAUGUGGACCGACAUUGAUUACAUGGACAGUCGACAUGUCUUUACUACAGACCCAGAGCGCUUCCCUCUGGAUAAGAUGCGAGAACUGGUCUCAACUCUGCACGCCAGACAGCAAUCUUAUAUCGUCAUGGUCGAUCCCGCCGUUGCCUACUACAACUAUUCAGCCUUCAACAAUGGUGUCGAGGCAAACGCCUUCCUGAAGAGAUCGAACGGCUCAAUCUAUCAGGGUGUCGUCUGGCCUGGCGUCACAGCUUUCCCCGAUUGGUUCGCAAGUGGCACCCAAGAAUAUUGGGACCAUGAAUUUACCACCUUUUUCAAUGCUGACACUGGUGUCGACAUCGAUGCUCUAUGGAUUGACAUGAACGAGGCCAGUAACUUUUGUCCCUGGCCAUGCAGUGAUCCGUUCGGAUAUGCUGCUGCUAAUGGAUACCCUCCCACUCCUCCAGCGGUCAGAGCAAAUGCAGGAUAUCCCAUCCCUGGCUUCCCUGCCGAUUUCCAGCCAGGCUCAACAGCACUCAAAGUCAAGCGUCAAUCGAACAAUAGCACCUCACAUCUAGGUCUACCGGGCAGAAAUCUGAUUGAUCCACCAUACACCAUCAACAAUGCUGCUGGAAGCUUAUCUAACAAGACCAUUGAUACUGACCUUUACCACGAGAACGGCUUAGCCAUGUACGAUACUCACAAUCUCUACGGUACUAUGAUGUCGACUGUCAGCCGAGACGCAAUGCUGGCUCGUAGGCCAACAAGAAGACCAAUGGUUAUCACGCGUAGUACGUUCGCAGGUGCUGGACAUCACGUUGGGCACUGGCUUGGAGACAACGUCGCUGGCUGGCCAUGGUACAGAGUGUCAAUUGCACAGAUGCUCGAGUUCGCUGCCAUCUUCCAGAUGCCUAUGGUGGGUAGCGAUGUCUGUGGGUACGCGGGAAAUACUUGGCCUGAAUUGUGUGCUCGAUGGGCCACUCUUGGUGCUUUCUACCCCUUCUACCGUAACCAUGCGGAGGUCGGCUCUGUCAAUCAUGAAUUCUAUCGCUGGAACCUCACCACAGUCGCCGCUCAAAAGGCGAUCGACACGCGUUACAGACUGCUCGACUACCUCUACACAGCCUUUCACGAGCAGACUGUAAGCGGCAAGCCGUUGAUUCAGCCCUUGUUCUUCGUCUACCCCGAGGACUCCAACACAUUCCCUAUCGAACAUCAAUUCUUCUGGGGUGACAGUAUUCUUGUCAGUCCUGUUGUAGAUGACAACAGUACGAGUGUCACGUUCUACCUUCCUGAUGACAUCUUUUACGACUACUUUACCUACGAACCCGAGCAUGGAACUGGCGACUGGGUGACUCGAGACAACGUGGACUUCACUGAGAUCACUGCCCACAUCCGCGGCGGCAGUAUCUUACCUCUACGUCAGAACUCUGCCAACACAACCACCGAGCUUCGAAAGCAAGACUUCGCUCUCAUAAUCGCACCCGACCUUGAGGGCAAGGCAGAGGGUACGCUGUACUUGGACGAGGGCGAUGCCAUUGAGCAGCCUCAGACGAGUCUGAUCACCUUCAGCUACGCGAAUGGCACCUUCGCCAUGGGUGGUAGCUUUGGCUACUCAACCGAUGCUAACGUCGUGAGCCUAACCGUGCUGGGACAAGGUAACAACGUGAUGACAACAGUCGGCAAGAGGGACUCGAGCAUUGUGGUUGACGCGAAGAGAAAAAUGAUCACCAAGAAGCUCGGUGUGCCGCUAACCGAGUCGUUCGUCACAACUUUAUGUCAGGAGUGUGAAGCGUAG